CGUCACGGUCGCUCAUCCCUCUCUCUUUCUCUCUACCGAGUGUUUCUAGCAGUAUCCGACAGGUGUCGCAGAGUGUGGUGUCCUUUGUUAGGGUCGUGGUCGGAGUUUGACCUUUGUUCAAUGUGGAGCGGAUUCUAGACUUAUGGCAGCGAUGGACGAUUGCUGGACCAUUGCGUUGUUGCCAUGGAAAAAUUUCGUGUCGUUGCCCACUGUAGAAAUUAGCAGAUUCUCUGUCAGUGUGGCCGUAAGCAGUGGAGCCAGUGACUCCUGCCAGUCCAGUGAUGGCGCUAGUGUUUCAGAGCCAUGUUCACCAGAAUGUCCAGCUUCUCCAGGUAUCCCCCAACCUAUGCCCCCUCUUCCUGCUUCUCUGUCAGAAGAAACUAGUGACAACUGUCUUCUUGACAGUGAUGAUUUUGAUGGUAUUAAUUAUGUUGUUUUGUCAGAAAGGAAUUGUUCUCAGGACAGCAUAUCUGAAGAUUCUGGUGUGUAUCAUAAAGAUGCUUUCCUGCAGUGUGACACAAUCCAUCCCAAAGAUGUGUCAGACUUCAGUAAACAUAAUUUAGAAUCUAAAGAUUUUGGGGACCAGGUCAACUCUUGUGAUGUUUCUUCAAGGGAACAUAUACAAAAAGAUUUUAGUGAAACAAAGAAUUGGACUCAUAAUUCAGUCACAGCUUUUAAGACAUUAGAUGUGAAAGAAUGGGAAAAGCCUCAUAUUAAAAGUAACUUUCAGUUUUCACAUAAUUCAUUUUCUAGCCCAGGUCUUACUAUCUCGUCACUCACUAGCCAAACACCAGUUGCUGCCUCGUUAUUCUGUAGCCAAUCCCCUACUGCCACCUCAUCAACUUUUAGCCAAUCAACUGCCAGUUCUCAAACUCAGUCAACCCUAGUAUGCAAUUGGUUGAACUGUGUCACUGAGAUAAACUGUCCAAGUGAACUUGUGGAGCAUAUCCGUAAUGUCCAUGUCGACACCCAGAAAGAUACAGAAACUGUUACUUGUUUGUGGAAAGGUUGUAAAGUGUACAAUCGGCCCUCAUGCUCGCUCAGCUGGCUACAGAGGCACACGUUAACUCAUGGAGGAAACAAGCCUUUCAAGUGCAUCGUCGACGGUUGCGGACACAGGUUUACUUCCCAGAAUGCCUUGGAAAGGCACGUGAACUCUCACUUCAACAACGUUCCCACAUCCAGUGCAAACAAGACCAGCCGAGCCAAGGAUGACAGUCCAAACAAGUUGGUCAGGAGGAGAAAGGUUCGAAAUCGUCAGAGAUUUUGGCAAGCAAUCAAAAGGGAAGACUUUUUUGAUGCUGGAGUGAUGGAGCAUGUAAAAUAUGAACUUAUGGAACUGAAUGCAGUUACUCAGGUAGACAUCCAAGAAACACCCAGAGCAGUCACAUUCCAGAGCAUUGUUCAAGGAAGGAGAGUGGAGAAGUCUGGUAAGGUGACGGUGUUGUUGCACUGGCUGCCAGAACAAAUUUUCCCAGAUGAAUGGGUGUGUGAAUCACAAGCUGCCCAAAUGUCUCAUCGUACCAUUCCAGUGACACAUCUACCUCGUGAAGCCUUAGACACAUUACAUCCUUCCCCGUUACCUCUUGCCUCACGGAAACGCAAGAGAAAGUGAUGAAGAUGGUGUUAAAAUGAUUCUCUGGAAAUAGGGACUAUUGCAAGUAGAUGGUAACUGAACGACUUUGCUGUGCACGUUAUAACUAUGCAACUUUAUGUUGCUAUGCUACUAAGUUAUACAUUAAAAGAUAUGCAGGUGUGUUCUGUACAUGAAGAUUCAUAGCAAUGUGUUCGGUGUGGGGGGGUGUUGUAGUGCUAUUGCACCUGAGGAUACUGUUUCAAGAAGAACACAAAUUAGAAAUUAACUUUUAUUUUCUAAAUUAAUUGAUUCAGCAGUUAUGUAUAAAAUAUUUUAUUUUGUAGCAAGAUGUUAAAGCUCUUAAUCAAAAACGAGAUAUUUAAGAAAACAAAAAGAGGGACGCUUGAAGAUGAUGGAAAAUUCAUCAAAUCAAUCUUAAUAGUACAUUCUUAAAGAAUGAACUGACAGCAAAAAGUGGAUAAGUAACAGAAGACUGUUAUGAUAUCAACAUUGUGUAAAUAGGGUUAAAGAAUAAAUAAACAUGUAAAGAUGUAUACAUACAUAAACUACAAUGUAUGAAGAAAAAAAUGGCAUAUCUUAGUUUGAAUACUUAGUUUCAUCAUGAAUUAGGGGGGAAAAAAUUCCUUCAGUUUGUUUUGGGUAAUUUUUUUAUUUUGCUCAUACAACUUAAUAGGAUAAAAUGCUUAAGAACUUAAGAAAAUAUCUUAUGUUAAUUCGGCAAUGAUUGAAUAAGGAUUUAAUUGGUAUUCCGAGGUUGUUACUUGGAUAUGUUAAAGCUGUGAAUUCAUUGUCUGUUCUAUUUCAUGUGGUGGUUACUUUGCUUCAUUUGUACGAGACAAACAUGUUUCAUUGUGUCUAUUUAUACGGGACAAACAUGUUUCAUUAUGGCUUACGUUUUUCUGUUAAAAAGUUGCAGUAAUUAUAAUUAGAUGUCAUGUGAUUGUUUUUUGUUUUUUUUCUUGAGAAAAUAAUUUCAUUUCUGUGGGAGAUGCUGCAAAGUACAUACAAGUUCAGGUAUCAUGUACUUUCUGAUACAUAGACAUCCAAACCGUGUUUUGUUGUAUGUGUAAAGUGCUCUUUUUUGCUAAAUGUGUUAAUUUUCUUGUGUGAUAAUGCAAUUUUACAGUGUACUGUUCUUGGUGGGGAAUCAGAUAUUUCUCUCAGACUCCUAGUUACCUCUUACAGUGUUCUGUUUGUGGUGGGGAGUGAGACACUUGUCUCAUACCAAUAGCUAUAUUUUUUAUAGUGUUCUACUCUGGAUGGGGGAGUGACAUUUGUGUCAGACCCAUAGCUACAUCUUACAAUGUUCUGUUCUUUGUUGGGAUGAGACACUUGUCUCAUACCCCUAGCUACAUUCUACGGUGUUAAGUUCGUGGUGGGGAAUGGUACACUUAUUUCAGAUCUGUAGCUAUAUUUUAAUUGUACACCAUGUGAAAUCUCGACUAUUGUUUAGCUCUGUGUUUAGUUUGAUUGUUCAUAAGUAGAACUUUUCAGGUUUAAUAUUGUAUUGCGUUUGGUAGAGUGCAUCAUUUUACUAUUAUCUAACAUCUUGUAUUACCUGUGCUCAGAUCUAUCUGGACUACUGCAUAACAUUACUGCAUAGAUUCAUUUUGACCUUUUAGCUGUUCAGUUUGUCAUUUAGUUAAAAACAUUCCUGCUCAAAUUGAUAACAAGUACAAAAAUGUGCUGUUUGAUACUGUUUCAGCAGCCGGUUAAAUGGGUAAGAUGGACAUUUUUAGAAAGUGUCUCCCACAGGUUAAAGAGCUGAAAACAGAGCAUGAUAUAGGACAUUCUUAGAAAGUGUUUCCCACAGGUUAAAGAGCUGAAAAUAGAGCAUGAUAUAUGACAUUCUUAGAAAGUGUCUCCCACAGGUUAAAGAGCUGAAAGCAGAGUAUGAUAUAGGACAUUCUUAGAAAGUGUCUCCCACAGGUUAAAGAGCUGAAAGCAGAGUAUGAUAUACUGACAUUCUUAGAAAGUGUCUCCCACAGGUUAAAGAGCUGAAAGCAGAGUAUGAUAUACAUGAUUUAAAAAAAACAAUAACUAUAUUAUUAGUUGAGUUUAUCUGUAAUGUAUUAUAGGUUUUUGUUUUAUUUUUUGAAAAUUCUAGAGACACUGAGUUAGUUUCCUUUGUGACUAAUUUGGUUUCAGUAUUCAGGUUUGACAUUUAGUGCAGGUUGAUAAAAUAGUAGCUUGUAAGAGAGACUUCCUGAGUUAAAGUUUAUCUUGACCCUCCACAAGUAUUGCCAAUCCUUUCUGUUCAGAUGUAUUUAAUAUUGAGAGAAUUAACAGCUAAGUUGUAACUAUUGGCACGACAACAUGGACCUUGCUAAUUUUUGGAAGAAAUUAUUUGUCUCCUGUUAAAUACGAGGACAGAAAAUGUCAUAAUACUUAAUUGAUUUAUUUCUUUGCUAUUAAAGCUUCAGAUUUUCACACUAGAAUAAUAAUUUAUAGUUUUUUUCAAAUAAAAUAUGUUAUUUUAUACACGUAAAAUGGUAAGGUUUACUUCAUAUUUAUAUUGAAUAUUAAGAGCUUUGCUCUUAGGUAUUGUACAAAAAUUUUACUUUAUGAAGAAAACUUUUCAAUACGAUGUUUCUGUACCAUGUGACACCUGGACUUUGUUUUUGUUCUGUUAUGUGGUAUUCAAACAGUGAAAGCAAUGUCUUAUUUAUAAAUAAUUCAAGUAUCUCAGAACCAUGUUUCAUCCUCAUUCAAUUGAGUAGAAAGUAAAUUAUAAACCAAAUAUCCUCUGCAGAUCACAAGGUUGUUUUAAAUUCUUUCACGUGUGAAAUCAGUCAUGUGACUAGAAACUUGUUUUAAAGUUUGCUGGAUUUUAUGUCUACCCUUUGAUUCUUUCAUAAAAAAAAAAGAUAUUUUAAUGUUGAAAUAACACUUGUGUAAAUAACACUUGUGUAAAUAACACUUGUGUAAAUUUUAAAUGCUGCACUUGUUAAAACAGACCAACAUUUAUUGUUACACAAUAACGUUUUAAAAAUAGACUGUCCUCAUUCUCAAAAUACAAUAAAACCUAUAUUCAGUAGUUUACUGUGUGAAGAUAAAAAGCCAUGAGACUGGACACAAUUUUGUACACUUGACAUGCUUCAAAAUCCUGAUGAUAACGAAGUAAGAUGUUGAAAUGUGUCAAGUGUGACCAGUUUCAAGGUUUUUAUCUUUAUACAGUAAAUUAUUGAAUAAAUGUUUUUUUUAUUUUAUUUUGAGAGUGGGAACAAUCUCGUUUUAUGCCCCCUAGUAGCACAGUGGUAUGUCUUCAGACUUAUACUGUUAGAAACUGGGUUUCGAUAUCCAUGAUGGGCAGAGUUUGAGUAGUUUUGUGCUUAAUAACAAAAAAAAAUCUCAUUUUAAAAUAUUGAUUGUGUACUAAUAAAUGUUGGUUUCUCUGUUUAACUGUGCUAUUUAAAGAUAUAUAUAUAUAUAUAUUCCAAAAUUAUUACCUCUGUAAGUUAAAAGGUUUUUACCUCAUACUGAUCAAAUUUGGAACAAAGGUUGAGUGCUCUCCAAAGGACCAAUUAAAUAACUUCUGGUGAAUAUUGUUCAAAGGUCAACAUAAUACUGAAGGUGAACCACUUUAAAAAUGGUUAAAAUUUGAGAAGAGAUUGAGAUGCAAAGAGGAUUUUGGAUGCUAUGGGACAGGGGUUGCACUCUUUCAGCAUAUUUCUAGUUAUUAUUAUUAAUUUCACUAUAGUUACUUCCCUCGUUAGCAGUAACAAAGAAUGUGGCCCAGGUACGCGUGCAACACCCACCAUCCAAUAACUAAAGAGGCCGCUUCCUUAGGUAAUCACCUAUUAAGAUCAUGUUGCACAAUCACCGAGUAACUUGUGUAGAUGGAUUUAGUUAUUGCUUUAUGUGGCAUGGUUAUAAAAUGUACAAAAAAAAGUGAAAUGUUACCAUAUGUAUAACAGACGUUUCAUAUUUGUGUGACAUCAAAAUAAAAGGUCAGAGUAAGGGGCUGAAAUAUUGUAAAUUGUGGUUGAGUCUCCCCCCCCCCCCAAAAUAAUAUUAGGCUUCCUCUUUAA